AUGUCGAUCUCCGAAUUCAGACGGAAGAAGCUCCUUUACGUAUUCAAUGUUUUCUUCGAUGUGAACCAAAGCGGAACCAUUGAAAGGAAAGAUUUCGAGAUGGCGAUCGAAAAAGUCUGCAGCCUCCGUGGAUGGAAACCUGGUGAUGCCAAGCAUUCAGAGACUCACGAGGUGAUGAUUAAGAUUUGGGACGGCCUCAGGAAGCGGGCCGAUUCCAACAAAGACGGACAGGUCUCCGUUGAAGAGUGGGUCUCAAUGUGGAACGACUACGCGCAGAACCCAUCUGCAGCAUUAAAAUGGCAGCAGCAGUACUGCCACUUCAUGUUCCAGCUGGAAGAUGCCAGCGCUGAUGGCACUAUUGACAGCGAAGAGUUCACCACCGUUUGCUCAUCAUAUGGCAUCAAUCCACAGGAGUGUAAAGCAGCGUUUGCCAAGAUGGCUAAGGGCAAGGCAAGUGUCUCUUGGGAGGAAUUCCAGGAACUUUGGAUGGAGUACUUCUCCACCGAGGACCCGAGCGCGGCGGGAAACUUCAUAUUUGGCAGGACCAGUUUCUAA